CAGCAGCAGCAGCAGCAGCAGCAGCAGCAGCACAGUGGAUCCAUCCGUCACAUGACAGCACGGACACGGGGCGCUUUUUCUCAAUGGCCUGAGCCCGAUUAAAAGACACGUCGGGUUCAUCAGCGCUGCUUUGUGCCACGCAGACUUUGUCUUGUCAUGACAGCCAUGGAGAGAUUAGAGGCUUCAUCAGAGCUGGAGUCACGGCUGUCAUCCCUGUCUUUCUCGUCUUUCCCCGGGAUCACAUCCCAGCAGUGCGUCAACAGACCGCCGGACAGGCUGCAGAGCACCAGCCUUUCAGAGAGCAUCACUCCAUCCCAAAACCAGGCUGCCAUGGACGACAGCAGGGAGAAGUCAGGACAGCUCUCUGAGGGUAAUGAGGAGGCCCCUGCUGAGCAGGCCCCGGGGGACGGAGCCGAGGACAACAGGAGCUCUGGGAGCUGUCAGAUGUCCGCUGAGAUGAAAGCCCAGACGCCGCCGCUGAGUCCCCCGACGACUUGGACGUCCGUGGAGCUGAAGGAGCUGAAGGCGAAGCUGCGGGCGGAGAAGGACAGCGUGGUGACGGUGUACCGGGGCGACAUCAUGACGGUGCACGUGCCCACCGUCCCCGAGGCCCGCAAGGUGUGCUGGGAGUUCGCCACGGACGGCUACGACAUCGGCUUCGGCGUUUACUUCGACUGGUCUCCCGUGACGAGCCGCGCCAUCACCGUGCACAUCAGCGAGUCGAGCGAUGACGAAGACGAAGAGGAGGAGCUGGAAGGGCCCGUCACUAACGGGGACGUGGAGAAGGGCUCCAAAAGUCACGCCAACUCCAACCUGGCCGAGAUCCUCCCCGUGUACCGCCAGGACAGCCACCUGUCCGUGCACGGCGGGAGCCACGACUUCCCAGGUGAAGGCACUUACCUCCUCAAGUUCGACAACUCCUACUCGCUGUGGCGGAAUAAAACGCUUUACUACAGGGUUUAUUACAGUGCCUGAGAUGCCCGUCCGUCGCUCACGAAUGUAUAAUUUACAGAGAAAUAUUACUCGUAAGAACAAUGAACUAUUUUCGAUUCCACACUUGGAAA